AUGGCUCGCGGUAGCCGCUCAACCCCUUCCAAACAACGCGCCGAUCGCGGUGUCAAGCGCGUCGUCCUAGGCGAUCUCCGCUUCCAAACCUGGUUCCAUUCGAUUUAUCCGGAAGAGCUCGUUAGUAAGGAUACAGAUGUGUUGUACGUCUGCCGCUGGUGCUUUCGAUACACAUGUGACGCAGGCGCCUACGCGGGGCACACCCGUGUCUGCGAGUUCCGCACCUCUCCCCCAGGAGUCAAAGUCUACGAACACGGCGGUUAUGCGGUUUGGGAACUAGACGGGGAGGAUCAGAAGCUGUUCGCGCAGAACCUGUCGCUUUUCGCGAAGCUCUUUCUCGACCACAAGUCCGUCUUCUUCGAUGUCACGUCCUUCCUCUACUACAUCCUCACCUACACCGAUCCCAAAGACCCCGAGAAUUACCACAUCCUAGGAUAUUUCUCCAAGGAGAAACUGUCCUGGGAUGCGAACAACCUCGCGUGCAUCCUCAUCUUCCCGCCUUACCAGCACAAACAGUUGGGAAAGCUGCUCAUGGGCGUGAGCUACAAACUCAGUGGUUGGGAAUGCGAGGGGGGAUUCAUCGGCGGCCCCGAGAGACCUCUCAGUGAAAUGGGCCGUCGGAGCUAUACACGCUUCUGGGAGGAGCGUAUUGCGCGGUAUUUCCUUCUUGGCCCUCCCGGUGGAGACCCCGACGAGUUCGUGCAGCAGAAGCAGAACGCUACCAAGGCAGCAAAAAAGAGACCCCACAGGGAACGCAUGACCGUACGAGAUAUUGGACUGGCGACGGGGAUGCUGACGGAAGAUGUCAUCACUGCAUUGAAGGAGAUGGGGGUGUGGAGCCCGACAUGGCGAGCAAGAAGCGCAAGAGAACGUCAUCCUCGGCUGCCGGGGAUGGCGACGAGAAUGGCAGAGAAAUUUAUGAUAUGGUAA